GCUUGCUCUGUCUUUUGACGUGUGAGUUCGUCCUUGUGCACCCUUCAUCAUGGCCCCGAAGAAGACUGCUGCCGUCGAGGAGGACAACGCCAUGCUCCUCGGUCGCCUUGGUACCAAUCUCAAGGUUGGCAUUGUUGGCCUGCCCAACGUUGGCAAGUCCACCACCUUCAACGUCCUGACCCACAGCGAGGCUCCCGCUGAGAACUUUCCUUUCUGCACCAAGGACCCCAACGAGGCCCGCGUGCCCGUCCCCGAUGAGCGUUUUGACUGGCUGUGCGACUUCCACAAGCCCCCUUCCAAGGUCCCUGCUUUUCUGAACGUCGUCGAUAUUGCCGGUCUUGUCAAGGGCGCUCACGAGGGUCUGGGUCUGGGUAAUGCUUUCCUGUCAAACAUUGCGGCUUGCGAUGCCAUCUUCCACGUCUGCCGUGCCUUCUCGGACGAGGACAUUGUCCAUGUCGAGGGUGAUGUCGACCCCGUCCGUGAUUUGGACAUUAUCAGUAACGAGCUGCGUCUCAAGGACAUUGCUGCCCUCGAAAAGGUGAUGCAGCCCCUGGAGCGCGUUGCCCUCCGCGGUGGGGACAAGAAGAAGAAGGAGGAGUACGACAUGCUGCUCAAGUUUAAGGAGUUUUUGGCCGCUGGCAACGACAUCCGCAACGGCGAGUGGGAUCGCAACGAGAUUGAUGUGCUCAACGAGCACCUCUUCCUGACCGCCAAGCCCGUCAUUUACCUGGUCAAUCUCUCCCAGAAGGACUUUGUUCGCAAGAAAAACAAGUGGCUCAGCAAGAUCAAGGCCUGGGUCGACGAGCACGAGAAGCACCCCACCAUCAUCCCCUACUCUGCCGACUUUGAGCUCGCCCUUGCCCUCAUGGACACGGAUGAGGCCCGUGCCAAGCACCAGGAGGAAGUCGGUGCUGCCAGCAUGCUCAGCAAGAUUAUCAAGGCCGGUUACCAGGCCCUCAACCUGUGCUAUUUCUUCACCGCUGGCAAGGAUGAGGUCAAGGCUUGGACCAUCCAGACUGGUUCUCGUGCCCCCCAGGCUGCCGGCCGCAUUCAUACCGACUUUGAACGCGGCUUUAUCAUGGCGGAGGUCAUGAACUUUGAGGACUUUAAGGAGGCAGGUUCGGAAGCCGGCGUCAAGGCAGCUGGCAAGUACCGCCAGCAGGGCAAGACCUACGUCGUGCAGGAUGGCGAUAUCAUCUUCUUCAAGUUCAACGUGACUGCCAAGAAGAAAUAAGUCAUUUAACUGACCAUGCAUCUCCUUCUGGGCUUGACUGUCUUCGACAACAUGCUGUGUUUGAGCCUUUUUGCGUUUCUUUUUCUUGUGAUGCUUGCACCAUCUUUUCCUCUUGUUUCUACCCUACCCUUCUUGUUUGUGACUUCCAUAUUUUUUUUUUCUUCUUUCCAACAACCCUGCUUCAUUCUUCUCGCUGGGUUUCUGGUCUUGCGUUGGACCAGAUGUGUGACUUUGAGCACUGCCUUUCACACUGAGUCUUUCACACCGAGCAUCGGCAGCCGGGUGGCCAUGCCGCCCUUGAGAGUCGAAAUUCGCGCUUCAAAUUCAGCGAACUCAGGAAUAUUCCAUUGUGACGUCGUGGCACAAUGACACAUGGCAACGCAUCAGAUGAAAACAACUCAUGUUUCGGCAAACAACCAAACCGUGCUUCAAAUCGAUAAACAAAAAUCG